UUUUAAGGGAGCCGAGCCAAAAGAGUCGAAUAUUUAAAAAAAGAGCCGGACCUCCCAUUUGAUUCUCUUUGUCUAAGCUCCGCCUAUAUUUACGUAACAGGCACUCGUGAUUGGUUGACUUAACCACAGUCAACGCACCAAUAGGAUACGGCGGUACAUUUGUGUACCGUUGUUAUAGUAACUGGACAAGCAGGUAUAUGACCCCCCCCGCGGAGUUUUGCCAGAUCACCUUUUACCGGAGUAGCGGGAGCUCACGCCACUCAAUCUCUCAAUUUCUUCCUGCCAAUCAACAGUUAACGGUACAUCAAGCAAGCUCUAAUAAGGAUAUAAACGUUACUUUUUUCUUUCGAUGCGCCCCCUCAAUUAAUUUUAUCUCGUAAAAGAGGCCACUUUUGAAGAAGUGCAUUAAAAGUGGACAGAGAAACAUGCUGUCAAUUAACAUUUUGGAAUCAUGGGCAAAGGGCUCAGUGGUACUGGAGAAAGAAGUACUCAGUCCUGUUACAAAAGCUAGGGAGCUAAUCGAAAGCAGCAGUUUCAACUGCAGCAGUUCUGACAACAUGGAUGACAGCCUGACCAAUCUGCAGUGGUUACAAGAGUUCUCUAUUCGUAAUACCAGCGGAGGGCAAUAUGUGAUUUCUAAUAACCAACAUCAAAGCAACCUUUAUGAGCAGCAUCUGCAUGGAGAUGCCCCUGCAUCUCCUCUAGAAGGUGAUCUUGCUUGCAUAUGCAUGCCACUGACUCCUGGUAAGCCAACAGCAACUGCCCUGUGCAGUCUGCCCAGCAUGGCUGAAUAUGGAUACUGUGCAGAGGAGAUUGACUACAAGACAAACCCCCAUAUCAAGCCACCAUACUCAUAUGCCACACUUAUAUGUUUGGCUAUGCAAGCAAGCAAGAAAAGCAAAAUCACACUCUCCGAUAUCUACACAUGGAUUACUGACAAUUUCUGCUACUUCCGCCAUGCUGAGCCCACCUGGCAGAAUUCCAUCCGGCACAAUCUCUCACUGAAUAAAUGCUUCAUCAAAGUUCCAAGGCAAAAGGAUGAGCCAGGAAAAGGUGGUUAUUGGAAGAUUGAUCCAGAAUAUGCUCAACGCCUUCUGAAUGGGGCUUAUAAAAAGCGAGGGAUGCCUCCAGUACAGAUUAACCCAACUUUAAAAAAUCAGCUCAGAAUGAGUUCACAGCCUGAGACUGUGCCUGAGACUGUGUCAACAAAUAUCUCAGAUGCUCUCCAUUCUACUCAUAAUUCAAAGGAGCUUUUAGAAGAAUUUGAGAACAUCAAUGGACAUGAUCCUAACCUAGCAGAAACCACUUUAUUUGACACCCGGAGUGCAGUAAAAGGCAGCAAAAGAAAAUAUACAUAUGAUCUCUGGAAUAGUGUUGCCAAAUCUCCAUCCCGCUCAGAAUCCACAUUAGAGGAACCAAAGGUUCUUGAAUCUCUUGAGGGCAAUUUUGACUGGGAAGCUCUGCUAAACUCGGUCAUGAAUGGGGAUUUUAGCCUGGACGAGGGUGGUCCUCUUAGCCCAAUACCACAAGAUGAGGACCUCAUGGCACAUGGCAUUCACGUUAACCCCCUGGAGGCCUUUGUCAGCAGUGCAGAAAGUAGCUUGCUAAUGGAAACACAAAGGGACAGCGAUGUCAACGUUGACAAAGAGACAUUUUUUGCCACAGACUUUUUACAGAAUCCUUGGUCAGAAGAAGAGAACCGUCCUGAUCUUCUCUGUAUUUCUAAUGCUGACGUCAAUCAACUCUUUGAUGUUGAACACUCAUUUAGCGACGACUUUGACAGUACAAUUUUAACUCUUUUAUGAAGAAAUGUCUAACUAAUACCAUUAAAAUAUUUUAAGAAGCAGACAGGAUUAGGACUGCUUUAUCCCAAAGAGUACAGACUUUGUUAUUUUUUAUUUUUUUACUUGUUAAGAAAUGUUUAAACUUAUUUGGCAAGUGAUCUACCUUAAAGUCACAGAUCAAAAACUGCCACAACAGUGGGCUCUUUCAUAUUUAUAUUGAAUUAACUGUGAAACCAGAACUGAUCAACAACUGAAUGUACAGAAGGAAAUGUACAUGGAUAAGUUAAUUGCAAUAAGUCCUAUGCUUAUUUGUUUGUUUACAGUUUUGAUGUCAUUUAAGCCAAUUGCGAUUAGAAUCAAGCAAUUUCAAAUUACAAGAUAAAUGUAAUUGUUUAUUGCAAUUGAGGUACCUACUUGAAAAGAAGAAACAUAUAAAAAAUAUGCAAACAAACCUUUACCACAAUGUUAACACAGGACUUUUAGCUUUAUAAGGUUUUAUAAACUGAAGCUGUUUUGUUUUUAAUUCACAUUACAACAGAAAAACUUGAUGCAUUCUUUUUGUGUCAUAUCAAUUGUAGCAAUUGUACAUAAACAAAAUGUGUUAGAAUGGCACCCUGAAAUGUGAUUAUGUUAUGAUAGAUUAAUUACUUUAUAAUGUUUCAAAUGAAAUUGCCAGAUUUACCUGGUUGUAAUUUAACUUUCUUUUUUCUUAAACAAUAUUUGUAUUGAUUCUUUUUUUAUUUUGAGUCCUAUAAUAGCAUGCUAAUUAAUUAUUUUCACUGGUAAAUCUAUUUUAUCUAUAAGUAUUACUGCAUUAUUACAUAAAAGCAGCAACAUUUUAUUUCCUAAGUACUGUUUUGUAGAUUGUACAAAUAAUGCGUAAUGUGCCAAAUAAUAAUUACUGACAAAGAAAUUGUGUGAUGUGUUACUUUGCUUCAAAAAAAAAAUAUAUUCUGAGAAUUUGUUUAUAUUCUAUAAACAUAUUCUCACAUCCCCUUUAAAUCCCAGGCCUUUAACCCAUUUGUGUAGCCAGGGGAAGACCGAUGGCUAUGAGUGUUCCAUUCCAUCAUAUAUCAUUGGUUGAACAGUGCACUGGCUACUACCAUGACUCCCAUGAACACUUAAUUACUGAGUGAACAUGGUUAGCUUAAUGGAUCUACUUAUGCAUUUAAUACCAUUUAAGCUAAUAUAAUGGAAUUCUUUCAUGCCUUAAUGUUAAUAAAAUUAUGUCCAUUGAA